CUCACCAUGUAGCCUCACUCACAGGCUGGUCUCGCUCACAGUGAUCUUCUUGCCUCAGCCUCCCGAGUGCUGGGAUUACAGGUGUGCGCCAGCACUCCCGGCUCCCCCAUGUCUUUUUGAGUCAGGGGCUGGCCUAAUAGUUCAGGCUGACCUUGAACUAGCAGUCCUCCUGCCUCAGCCUCCCAAGUGCUGGGAUUACGAAUGUGUGCCACCAGCCCUGGUUUAGAUGACCUUUCUUGAAGAGAAGGGUCCCUGUACCUUCCUGCCCUUUGGGACAGAACAGAGUAGCCUGAAGUGCAUGGGGAGGACCCCCGUCGUCCUCAUCAACCUUGUCCCCUCUCCCUAGGUAGGCUCAUGGCUGCAACCUGUGAGAUUAGCAACAUUUUUAGCAAUUACUUCAGUGCUAUGUACAGCGCGGAGGACCCCAGCCUGGCCCCUGUUCCCCCUGUUUCCACCUUCGGGGCUGACGACUUAGUGCUGUCCCUGGGCAACCCACAGACGUCGCUGGAGGGCACCGAGAAGGCCAGCUGGUGGGGGGAGCAGCCGCAGUUCUGGUCGAAGGCCCAGGUUCUGGACUGGAUCAGCUACCAAGUGGAGAAGAACAAGUACGACGCCAGCGCCAUCGACUUCUCUCGGUGUGACAUGGACGGGGCCACUCUCUGCAGCUGUGCCCUGGAGGAGCUGCGUCUGGUCUUCGGGCCUCUGGGGGACCAACUCCACGCCCAGCUGCGCGAUCUUACCUCCAGCUCUUCCGAUGAACUCAGCUGGAUCAUUGAGCUGCUGGAGAAGGACAGCGGUGUGGCCUUCCAGGAUGUGCUCAGAGACCCGGGCCCCUUCGGUGAGGGCACCUGUCCAUCCCGGCGCGCUCCGGACACCGCCCCCCUGGACACCAGGUGCUCAGACAGCCGCCCCAAGCCCUGGCUGAGCUCGCCCCUCUCCCCAGACCAGGGAAGCCCCUUCCCCCAGGAGCUGCCGGAGGUGAUGGAGGACGGCGGCCAGGCCAGCCCCUACUACGCCGCCAGCUACGGCACCGGCGCCCCCUCCCCAGGCUGCUCCGAGGUCUCCACCGCAGGGACCGGCACUCCUCAGAGCUCCCACUCCUCAGACUCCGGUGGGAGUGACGUGGACUUGGACCCCACGGACAGCAAGCCCUUCCCGAGAGAUGGCUUCCCAGACUAUAAGAGGGGGGAACCCAAGCAUGGGAAGCGGAAACGAGGCCGGCCCCGGAAGCUGAGCAAAGAGUACUGGGAGUGCCUGGAGGGCAAGAAGAGCAAGCACGGUGAGCCCAGGGCACGGCAUGGUGCACCCCCUUGCCCCAGGGGCUGUCAGCUCCAGUGAGAACCCAGGCUCUGGUGACCUCAUUGCAGGGGGCCUAGGGAGGCGGGGAAACUGAGGCUCACAGAGGAGGCGCAUGCAGGGCAGGAGUGCAGGUUUCCCACCCGCACACUGCAGCUCUGUGCAUUUGGCAGCUCAGGUGUCCCUGACUCCAGAACCAGCCUGGGGCUGUGCACCCUUGGGAGGGCACCUGAAGAUCUUGCCUCUCCCGUCGUCCCCCCACCACAGACACACACACACACACACACACACACACACACACACACAC